CAAGAGUUGAUUAGUACAAUGCUAUUACAAGACGCGCACAGUGUGUAGAUAGCGAUGAGGGGCAGAUUGAGUUCGAACUCUUAUACAAACCCCUCAGAUACGCACGCGGUAGGCCGUCCAUAAACGGAAGAAGAAAUCAACCUCCACGAAGCUGCUGCUCCCGUGACGAAAUUCCCCAACCAGCAGCAGCCAAUGCCGUCAAAGACACCCGAUAUCGAACUGGCACAGAUGGCGGUGCCAGGAUCCGCCGCCAUGGCACCCGACUCGGGCUCUGCUGCGCCGCUGGCGACGCCGGGCGCGACGGAUCCCUCGCUCGUCGCUACGGCUGCUAUGGCUAAGCGAGCGACUGCGAUAUCAUCAGCUUCGACGGGUACGCUCAGACAGAAGCAGCCGGUCGUGUUCCAGGCUGUUCGGCUCGCGUCGAUUGUUAUAUAUUUUACGACAGCUGUAUUGACAAUCAAUCUCACUCAGCUAAUUGGACUUCCAAUCCGAUUGUUCUCAAAGUCAUGGUUUCACGCCUACGUCGACUUCACAAAGCAGCACUUUGGCCUGCUUCUCACCACAAUGACGCAAUGGUGGGCUCCCACGCCCGUCCACGUCGUCGGCGACUCCUCGGUCUCGGGUCUGAUCAAGCGUGCAAGCGACGGAACACUUGAGACAAAGUUUGGGGAGCGGAUUGUGUUGCUGGCGAAUCACCAGAUCGAUGCCGAUUGGUUGUAUCUGUGGUGGAUUGCGUACACUAGCAAGGCACAUGGAGGAAUGUAUAUCAUUCUGAAGGAGUCGUUGAAGAACGUUCCGUUUCUUGGGUGGGGCAUGCAAUACUUCAAAUUCAUAUUUUUGUCUCGGAAAUGGGAGAAGGACGAGGGUCGCAUGCGAACCGCUCUGACAAACAUCGCCAACGAGCCAGACUGGCCUGCGUGGGUGCUAAUCUUCCCCGAAGGAACAAACAUCACCGAGAACACAAAGAAGCGGAGUCAUGAGUACGCCGUGAAGCUCGAUCUCCAGGAACCCGAGCAUAUGCUUCUUCCGCGGACGCGUGGGCUCUACUUCACGCUCAAGAACCUCGACGUACCGUAUCUCUACGACUGCACGGUGGCAUACGAGGGUGUUCCGCGAAACGGCUACGGCCAGGAUUUCUUCACUCUGCCGACCAUAUACGUGCAAGGACGGCCGCCGAAAUCAGUGCACAUGCACUGGCGGCGCUUUCACAAGUCGACGAUCCCUCUCGAUGACGAAUCCGAGUUUGGCAGAUGGCUCCACCAGCGAUGGCUAGAGAAGGACGCAAUCAUGGAGAGCUAUUACACAAACGGCCAUUUCGACGGCGACGAGCAGGUCGACUCUGAGGUCCGACUCAGGCGGACGACGGAGAUUUUGCAGUUGUAUGCUGUUCCGGCAGCGGCUUUUCUGUGCGCCAACGUGGCGUGGAAACUUUGGGGUAUGCUCAGGUAGGGCAUGCUCGCUACCGUGUUUAUAAGUAAUCAAUUUCUCGUGUUUUAUUUUUUGUUCGAGGGGCAAGGAGGAGGAGGAGAGUUGGCUGUCGUGCACCGGAGAGAGUCCGUCGGAGGGCGCGACUGCCUCUUGGUAUAGUUACAUAGCACCUUAUUACAGCGUGAAUGGUCGGCAGCCAGUGAUCGUGUGUAUGAUGAUAAUCGGAAGUGGUAGUUGCAAUUCACGAUUGCAUUUAUCAGUAAUCAUGACAUCUUUUAGGAGUGGUGCAGCAGAGAAUGUGCACAUAAAGCGUAAGCGCAGUAGAAUCCGAGGUGGCGGCGAGUUUUGGUCAGGCACCUGAUUUGAGUUUCUGGCA